AUGUCCAGAUUGGACAACAAUUUAGCAUUCAAGAAAAUAUCUAGUAAAUAUGGAAAAGUUGGGUUUCCUAUGGAUACCAUUCCAUCUUUACCCUUUCAAUCAAAUUCAGAUCACACUAUACUGACAAAUCAUCAACCUGAUAUAAAAAUAAGUGACCAGCUAUAUGAUGAAACAGUAAUGACAAAAUAUAAAUCAUCUUCAGGAAUAAAUUCACCAAAGGGGCAAGUUAGAUUUUCCAUACCUGCUAGUAACAAUGAUUGUAAUAAUAUGAAUAAUAAUGAUUAUGAUAGUGAUAGUACCUUUGAUACAAGCAGUGGUUCUGGUAGAUUAGUUAAUGCAUCUCCUAAUAAAAUCGUAUUUCCCAGAGAUCUGAGUGAUUCAGAGUCCCAACCCAUCAUACCAUCGUCUAUAAAUGAAAACACAACGAUAAAUAAACAUAAUGAGAAUAUAAAGCUAUUGGCACGAAUGGGUAUUGAAGGUCAUCUAGUAGAUUUACAAUCAAAAGUGAUGGUUAAUGUACCAGAAGAGAUAUGGAAUUUUCAUCAUACUAGAAGCCACAAUAAAUCGCAUCAAAAGACGAAAUCAAUGGAUGAAACGUCUCUAAACCAUAAUCCAAUAAUAAGCAAUAACAUAUCAAAUUCAAAUAAAGGUCAUCACAGAUCAAAGUCCUUACAGUCCAUUAUCUCUCAAACUCUAAGUGAAUUUAAUUCUUUUAAUGAUCCAAAUGAUUCUUCAUUCUCCGUUGGCAACCUCACUAAUUCUAAAUUCAAUGAUUCUCAAAUAAGUCAAGUUUCUCCUCUAAAUUAUCCAUCAUUCAAUAACAGCAAUCCGACAUUAAAAACUCCAAUUAAGUCAACUAGUUUAUAUUUAGCUUCUGAUUCACCAAUUAAUAAACAUAAUGUACCAAUUCCAUUAGAGAUAUCUUUACCACCAUUCUUGUCACCAAAAAACCAACAUAAAAAAAGAAAUAGUUUAAUCUAUGAUGGUGAAUCAUAUAGUGUCUAUAAUGAAGAAGACGAUAAUUCUUUAUCUUUGUCAAGUAUCAACAAAGAAGAGGGAGAUACAUUGUCAAGUGAAAUAUUAAGUGAUUCUCUAGUAUCAACUAGUUCAAUACCGUCUAUGACAUAUAAUAUAUCUUUUGAUGCCAAUACAAUAGAUCCCGAUAGUUUGUUGGGGAUUGAUGGUGAAGCAAAUGUAAAUCUUAAACGUCAACUCAGAAAUUUAAAAAAGCAAAAAGACAACACCAUAAAUCAUAAAGAAAAAUCAAAUAAAAUUGAUCCUAAAAUUCUUCCUCCUCUUCCUUCUAUCCCUCAAACUCAAAGGACUCUUAAAAAUAAUGAUACAAACCAUCAAUUAAAGGAAAAAACAACAAAAUCUAAUCUACUACCACCAUCAAAAAAUACACAACAUAUUGAUAAUGUACUACUAAAUCAACAAUCUUCUGAAAAGAUCUGUAAAUAUUCUCUUCCUGACCAUUCAAGAUUAAGUAAAAUGAUUGACGAAUAUAAUUCACCUACCAACACUUUAUCUCCAAUUAAUGAACAUAUACCCAAUAAAAACAAUAAUAAAUCUGUUAAUACAGAUGACUAUACAAGUGAAUCAUUAGCCAUCUUAGCAACACCGUCUAAAUCGAUCAUUAUACCAGAUCUAGAUGAUAUAUUACUGAGUACACCAAACAGUACAUUACAAUCUUUUACAUCAACAAGUAACACUAAUAGCUCGUUAAAAUUUUUUGACCAAUUUGAACCACUCUAUCAGAAUAAAGCGAUAGUUUCUCCUAUUAAUAACUCAAGAAGUUAUGGACAAUUGGAUACAUCAUUUAAAUUUCCUCCAUUAUUGUCCCAACAGCCGAAGACACCUGUGAAACAAAGCUAUCAAAAAAAUAAUCAUAAUAACAAUAGUAAUUCCAACAUUCAACAUCAAAACCAAUAUACAGAUAAUGAUUAUCACAGGACCCCACAAGAUAAUACACAAGUUGAAAAAAGAAGACAAAAAUUACUAGCAUCACACUUAUCUCCCAAUAACAGAAUUGGUCAUUCCCAUAAAAGAAGUAGAAGUAUUCAUAGUAUGGAUUUCAUAACUCCACAAAAAUUUCUAGAUGUAGAGAAUCUUCCACCUACCCCUUCAUUACCAUUUAAUGCCACCUCAACCCCACCUGAAAAAGAACCAACAGCUCCAAGAAGAUCUUCUUUAAGAUUAAGAGAAUCAACUGGAAAAAAGGAUAAGAAAGCGGUACAAAAUAAUCAAUUAGUAAGUAAUAUAAUAAUUUCACCUGAGACCAUUGGCUUCAACUCACCUAAUUCUAAUAAUAAUUCUGUAUCAGGACAUAAGUUUCAAUCUCCUAUAAAACCUUUAUCCUCUUUUCAAUCCUUUUUAACACCUAUCAAAAACGAAAACCUUAUACCGAAUAUCCACACAGACGAAGUUUCUAAGAAACAAAAAUCCUAUAAUCUAUUAUCGCCAAGGAGACAACUUUCAAAUCCAGGAAGUAAUCAAUCAUCUAGUGUUAAUUCACAAUUUUCUAAAAUCUCACAGCUAACGCAAACAACAGUUGCAACAGAAAUCUCAAAUAACGAUAUUAUUGCCCAUAAUAUAGACUCUAAUUCCUCUAAUAAUAAGGCAAAUAUUUUUAACGAUUCCUAUAGGGUGGUUAGAGAAAGACAAAAGGAUGGUCGAAUAGUUGAUGUAAUUAUUCUUGAUGAUGACAGUGACAUGCAUAAUAAUAAUUAUACCAUUAAAGACAAAUACAGACAUCGCAAUACACCUAACAAUAGCCAUGAAAACAUGUUAACAAAUAAUCACAAAGAGAACUCAGCUAAAUUACUGGCAAAAAACUAUAAAAGCUCUCCAAAAAUCAAAUAUAACUCGAAUACAAGAAAAGAACAAAUAGAACAUUACACUGACUUAUUAGAAAUGUGCGAAAAUACUGCUAUGAAGGCAAAACAGACUAUCUUUGAAUUAGCAGGUGUUAGUCCAUCGUCCAAAACUAACCUUUAA